AUGUCUGCUGCAUUGGAUUUGGAACUAAUGGAGAUUGCAGCUAGAUCCUUAAAUUAUAUACGUCAAUCAAGAAUAUUAUUAAUUGCUCGCAAUAUAAGCAAUGAAGAAGAAUUCAUGACCGAUUGUUUGCCUCUACUCGAAGAUUAUUCCAUGACCAAUGUUUUGUUGCAUUUUUUACGAAAUUCACCUGAAAUCCCAUUGGACUAUCAACAACUGAAACCCUUCCCUGAAUUUCAUUGGCAAAAGAGGAAUUUUAAGGAAAUAGAUUUGACAUAUUAUCCACAACAUUGGCGGAAUUUGUAUGGAGCUAAUGUUACCACGUACACUGAUCAGUCCCUUCCUUCGUCCGUAACCUACUAUGAUGGGCAGGGAAAUUUGAAACUCAAUGGAAAUGUGGCCAGCUUGGUGGUACUUUUUGCGGAACAUUUUAAUGGCACUCUAAGGAUGUAUAAGCCAAUAGUCGAGAGAGGUUUCACCCAUUUCACAGUAGUUGCAGAUAUGGCCAUCAAACGUCUGAUUGACAUUGCCAUGUGUCUGCAUGUAACAGGCAUAGCUGAGCACAGUACUUGGAUUUAUGCCUCGGAUGUUUAUGAAAUAGGCAGUGCAUCGAUAAUAGUGCCAUGUUCAAGCCCCCUAUCUAUAAGAGACAUUCUGUACGGUGCUGUUCUCAGUUUUCAUUUCGUCAUCGACUGUUAUUUUGAUCAACACUUUAGUUACAUGGAUCUGUUUUUUAAUAAUCGUAUAAUUGGUGGAGUUUUGGGUCUAUCAUUCACUGGUCGCAAUUCACCAUGGCGUUGCUUGAAACUGAUUUAUAUUCUUCUAUUCUUUGCUGGCCUGAACAUCAAUACCCAGUUUUCGGCACGAAUGAAUACCCUCUUUACAAGUCCUCCAAGAUACAAACAAAUCGAAACUUUAGAGGAUAUACGCAACCUCAAUUUUAAAAUAAACGUUCUGAAAGGUGAUCUGGCCAUUAUGGGUGACGUUAUGUUGCCUAUUUCCCGUUCGGUGAUUAUUACCGAAGACAUUGCCGAAUAUUCCAGCAUGCGUUAUAAUUACAAUACCUCAACCGGUUACUAUGUAGCUUCGGCCCAAUGGAAGUUCUUAAAUUUGAAGCAAAAAUAUCAUAGUCGCAAAACCUACUGUACCUACGAAAAUUUGACCUUACAUAAGUUUAUACCCUGGAAUAUAUUGCUGCAACCAAAUUCUCCGUAUAAAGAACCCUUUAAUUAUGUUCUACAUCGAGCUAAUCAAGCUGGGUUGCCAGAUGCCUGGUACAACGGUGCAUUUCUUGAUUUGCUAAGAUUAAAACGUUUAUCACUGACAGAUCCAAAUCCUGAACGUGGGCCAAGUAUUAUGACCGCCAAUGACUUAGAAUGGGCUUGGCUUGUACUUGUUAUUGGUUUGAGUCUUGGUGCGGUUAUAUUCUUACUGGAACUAUGGCAUCAUCAUCGUACUCGUUAUUCGGAUAAUAAUAAAUGCAACAUUUUCCAAAUAUGGUAA